ACUAGCCAGCACCAGGGGGUGGGGGAGUGCGAGCUGAAAGCUGCUGGAGAGUGAGCAGCCCUAGCAGGGAUGGACAUGAUGCUGUUGGUGCAGGGUGCUUGUUGCUCGAACCAGUGGCUGGCGGCGGUGCUCCUCAGCCUGUGCUGCCUGCUACCCUCCUGCCUCCCGGCUGGACAGAGUGUGGACUUCCCCUGGGCUGCUGUGGACAACAUGAUGGUCAGAAAAGGGGACACGGCGGUGCUUAGGUGUUAUUUGGAAGAUGGAGCUUCAAAGGGUGCCUGGCUGAACCGGUCAAGUAUUAUUUUUGCGGGAGGUGAUAAGUGGUCAGUGGAUCCUCGAGUCUCAAUUUCAACAUUGAAUAAAAGGGACUACAGCCUCCAGAUACAGAAUGUAGAUGUGACAGACGAUGGCCCAUACACAUGUUCUGUUCAGACUCAACAUACACCGAGAACAAUGCAGGUGCAUCUAACUGUGCAAGCAAAACCAUUUGAAAAUGGACAAUAUUUGGACAUUUAUGGAAUUACAAGGGACCAGGCUGGAGAAUAUGAAUGCAGUGCAGAAAAUGAUGUGUCAUUUCCAGAUGUGAAAAAAGUGAAAAUUGUCGUAAACUUUGCUCCUACGAUUCAGGAAAUUAAAUCUGGCACUGUGGCCCCAGGACGCAGCGGAUUGAUAAGAUGCGAAGGUGCAGGUGUGCCGCCUCCGACCUUUGAAUGGUACAAAGGAGAGAAGAAGCUCUUCAGUGGCCAACAAGGAAUUAUUAUUCAGAACUUUAGCACAAGAUCCAUUCUCACUGUUACCAACGUGACACAGGAGCACUUCGGCAACUAUACUUGUGUGGCUGUUAACAAGCUAGGCACAACCAACGCGAGCCUGCCUCUCAACCCUCCAAGUACAGCCCAGUAUGGAAUUACCGGGAGCGCUGACGUUCUUUUCUCCUGCUGGUACCUUGUGUUGACACUGUCCUCUUUCACCAGCAUAUUCUACCUGAAGAAUGCCAUUCUACAAUAAAUUUAAAGACCCAUAAAAGGCUUUUAAGGAUUCUCUGAAAGUGCUGAUGGCUGGAUCCAAUCUGGUACAGUUUGUUAAAAGCAGCGUGGGAUAUAAUCAGCAGUGCUUACAUGGGGAUGAUCGCCUUCUGUAGAAUUGCUCAUUAUGUAAAUACU